AACUAUCACACCUACAAACUUACAUAGAAAGAAAGGAGAGAGAGAUGGAAGUUCUUCCACAUUUUAGCCAUGUUCAUCCUCUGGUUUUCAAUGAUGGGAGAAGCCACAAAAGUGAGGAGGUUUAUUGUUGUGCAUGUGGGGAGUUGGUGUUAGGUCCAAGGUUUAGUUGCGUGGAUUGUGGGUUUCAUCUUGACAAGAACUGUGCUGAGGCACCUGUUGAGAUGAACCACCCUUUUCAUCGUAAACAUAACCUUAAGCUUAUGACAAGCUCUCCAUAUGUUAAAGGUAACCCUGUUUGUGGUUUCUGCAAUAAUAUAUGUGAGAAGUUUGUUUAUCAUUGUUCUUGUAAUUUAGUCUUUCACAUCAAAUGUGCUUUUCUAUCAUAUAAAUUUCUUGUAAAAAACUUUAGAGAGCUUGUUCAUCAAGACAAACCCAUCUCUUCUGAAUGUCAUUAUCAAGAACUCGAAAGAGUUCAAUGUUUUGCAUGUCAAAAGCCCUUACUAGAGUCUGAUUACAUUUCUCAUGAAUCUAGAUUUUACCUGCAUAAGAAAUGCUUUGAGUUACCUUUAGAAAUUAGUCACCUUUCCCACCGUUACCAUUCUCUUUUCUUACAAUUUAACAAUGAUCACCUCCCUUGCCAAAUAUGCCAAGAAACCCAACAUCAAGGAUUGAUUUAUUGUUGUUUGAUUUGCAAGUUUGUCCUUCACAUUGAAUGUGUGUCACCACCACCCAUUAUUGAGGAUCCAAGUAUUCAUGAACACCCAUUCACUAGGUGUUUAAGAGAAUUGUCAUUCAAUUGUGAUGCAUGUGGCACUUUAGGAAACUAUAUUUCUUAUAAUUGCUCAACAUGUAGCUUAAUGGUCCAUAAAAAAUGCAUUUCAUUGCCACGCUUCAUUAAAAGCGUAUUGCACGACCAUCCUAUUUCUCAUAAAUACUUUGUGGUAGACAAUGAGUGUACAACACAUGAUUGUCUACAUUGUCACGAGGAGGUGAACAUGGCUUGUGGGAGUUACAAUUGCUCUAAGUGCAAGUUCAUUAUCCAUGUGAAUUGUGCACUACAGAAGGCUCAAUGGUAUUACAAAAUAGAGUCAAAAGAUGAUUUUGAUAAGCUACUUAAAGAAUUGUUGGAGGUGGGUACUAUGAAUCCAAGCUUUUCUAUUCGUAAAAUGAUCAAAGUUGGAGAGAAAAUGAUUGUUAGAAUUAAGUGA